AUGCAGCUGGGAAACUAUGCCGGGAAGAAACUGGAUGAAUCCACUAAAUGUGGCGGAGGAUGUAAGGAUCCCAAGGAAACCACAGUCCAGCAGAGAAGUCACAAUGAAGAGAAACCCUACAAAUGCCUUGACUGUGGGAAACGAUUCCAUUUCAGUACAAUCCUUCUUACACAUUGGAGAACCCACACAGGAGAGAAACCCUAUAAAUGCCUUGAGUGUGGGAAAAGAUUUAAUUGGAGGUCACAGCUUAUGUCACAUCACAGAUCCCACACAGGAGAGAAGCCCUAUAAAUGCUUAGACUGUGGGAAAAGCUUCAGUAGGAAGCUAGUUCUUAUUGUACACCAGAGACUGCACACAGGAGAGAAACCCUAUAAAUGCCUUGUGUGUGGGAAAAGUUUUAGGCAGUGGGCACUGCUUAUGUCACAUCAGAGAACAAUCUCAGGAGAGAAGCCUUAUAAAUGCUUAGACUGUGGGAAAACCUUCAUUCACAAGUCAAACCUUAUUAUACACCAGAGAGUACACACAGGAGAGAGACCCUAUAUAUGCUGUGAGUGUGGGAAAGGUUUUAGAAUAAAAUUUACUAGUCAUCAGAGAAUGCAUACAGGAGAGAGACCCUAUAAAUGCUUUGACUGUGGGAAAAGCUUCAUACAGAAGUCAAGGCUUACUGUACACCAGAGAGUACACACAGGAGAGAGACCCUAUAUAUGCUGUGAGUGUGGGAAAGGUUUUAUUCGCAGCGCAGAGCUUAUUAGACAUGAGAUCACCCACACAGGAGAGAGACCCUUUAAAUGCCAUGAGUGUGGGAAAAGUUUUAAUCAUAACUCAGCACUUACUAGACAUAGGAGAAUCCACACAGGAGAAAGACCCUAUAAAUGCCACGAGUGUGGGAAAAGUUUCAGUGCGAAAUCAACCCUUACUGCACAUCAGAAAACCCACACAGGAGAGAGACCCCAUAAAUGCUUCGACUGUGGGAAAAGCUUCAUUCAGAAGUCAAAGCUUAGUGAUCACCAGAGACAACAUACAGGAGAAAGACCAUAUAAAUGCCUUGACUGUGGGAAAAGCUUCAUUCAGAAAAUAAAACUUACUAGACAUCAGAGAAUCCAUACAGGAGAGAGACCCUAUAAAUGCUUUGACUGUGGGAAAAGCUUCAUACACAACUCAAGGCUUAUUGUACACCAGAGAGUGCACACGGGAGAGAGACCCUUUAAAUGCCAUGAGUGUGGGAAAAGUUUUACUCGGAGUGCAACGCUUAUUACACAUCAGCGCACCCACACAAGAGAGAGACCCUAUGGAUGCCUUGAGUGUGGGAAAAGUUUUAUCUCAAGUUCAGCCCUUACUAUACAUAGUAGAAUCCACACAGGAGAGAGACCCUUUAAAUGCCACGAGUGUGGGAAAACUUUCAGUUACCUCUCAAAUCUUAUUAAUCAUGGGAAAAUCCACAUCAGAGAGAUGCAUUAUAAAUGCCUCGACUGUGGGGAAAGCUUCAAUAAGAGCUCAGCACUGACCAAACAUGAGAGAAUCCACAAGGGUGAGAGACCCUAG